AUGAUCUUUAGUCGACGGUCCUCUAUAAAUCGUUUCCUAAGAGGGAAAAAGGUGGUCUUCAAGAAGAAUCUAGGGAUGUCAUCGACCUUACAAACACCCCUUUGGGUAUCUCCAAGUGCUGGAAACCACCCAAUCGACAAAUACCGGCUACGGGUGAACAAGAAAUUCAAUCUCAAUCUCCAGAAUUCUCAUGAACUUCAACAGUGGAGUGUGAACAAGCCGCAUGAUUUCUGGAUCGAUCUGUACAAGUACAUCGGGAUUGUUCCAGAACUGCCCCCUGAUAUCACUCGGGCCUACGAUGACUCUCUCCCGCUCAACGCCAUUCCACCUUUCUUUGAGAAUGUACAGCUGAACUACACGGAGAAUAUACUACGGGGAAAGAACCCUGAUUCUAUCGCUCUUAUAGGCCUGCGAGAGUCUGACCCUCUUGAUGGGGAAUUUGUAACAUGGCGCCAGCUCAAUGAACGGAUCCGGGUUGUACGCAGUGCUUUGCUACAGCAUGGUAUCAAACAAGGCGAUAGAGUCGGUGCUAUUGUAUCGACAUCUAUCUGGAGUGUUGUGCUUCUCCUAGCCUCAGCUUCCAUCGGUGCUAUCUUCUCUUCUAUAUCACCAGAUAUGGGAAUUGAGGGCUGUAUCUCUCGGUUCCAACAGAUUGAACCAGCCAUUAUCUUUGCAGAUAGUGAUAUGUCGUAUAAGGGCAAAAGAACUUCCCUUGACGAAAAGAUCAAAGCCGUCUCGGAACGGCUACCAAAGUCUCUCAUCUUCCUGAAUCCCAUCGGCGACCAAAACACUUCAUCAUUUCCAUUAGUUGGAACCUUUUUAGCAAAAUCUCGGGAUACCGACGCCCUUGAAUUCACACGUCUUCCGUUCUCAUACCCACUCUAUAUCCUAUAUUCAAGUGGCACAACGGGUCCCCCAAAAUGCCUUGUUCACCAACAUGGUGUGGUCCUGCAGUUGCUCAAAGUAUCCCUUCUUCAUAAUUCCCUUGGACCUAAGGAUACUGUAUUCCAAUACUCAAGCACGUCAUGGGUUCUUUUCAACAUCAUGAAUGGGCACCUGGGCGCAGGAGCAACGCUGAUAUGCUACGACGGCUCGCCACUGUGGCCAGAUGCGACCACUAUGCUUAAGAUAUUAGAAAAAUUCAAAGUGACAUAUUGGGGAACAUCUCCACGCUACUGCCUUGAACUUGAAGCAUCUGGAGUGAUCCCUCGAGAAAGAUUCGACCUUGGCGCUCUCAGAAUGGUAACAACCACUGGGGCAACGUUAACUGCAGACCAGUUCAGAUGGUUUUAUAAGGUAUUUCCCUAUGUCCAUUUGAGUAGCGUGGCAGGGGGAACAGAUAUAGCAACAUCUUGGAUCGCAAGCGACCCUUCAAGCCCGGUUUACGCCGGAGAGAUGCAAAUGUUUGCGCUAGGAAUGAACGUCGAGGUUGCGGAUAGCGAUACUGGUGAAUCAAUUACACAUACUGGCAAGUCUGGAGAGCUAAUUUGCCGGACACCAUUCCCGUCAAUGCCCGUAUUCCUCUGGGGAGAUAAAGGCAACAAGAAGUACAAUUCAUCCUACUUCGAACGAUUUGAGCAUAUCUGUGUUUGGGCUCAGCAUGACUGGAUCAGCGUGAACCCAGCCACCAAGGGUAUUUCAAUGCACGGGAGAAGCGACGGCGUAUUGAAUCCGUCAGGAAUUCGCUUUGGCAGUGCCGAGAUUUAUGCAAUUUCUGAGGGCCCUCAAUUCAACACCGAAAUUGAGGAUACGCUAUGUGUCGGGCGGCGCCGCAAAGACGACAAGGACGAAGAAGUUUUCCUAUUUAUCAAAAUGAGGAACCAGACCGUAAACACAUUAACGCCAGAACUCGAACAGCGGCUGAGACUGGCUAUUCGAACCGGCCUAUCACCACGUCAUGUUCCCAGGUUCGUCGUCCAGGUGCCCGAAAUACCUGUGACUAUUAAUGGCAAAAAGGUUGAGAUUGCUGUCAAGAAGAUUAUCAGUGGGAAUAAAGUGCAAGUCAGCGCUACGGUCGCGAACCCGAAAUCAUUGGAGUUUUAUGAACAGUUUUAUAGGCUUGAGGCCCAGCCCAAGGCAAAGCUAUGA